AUUAGAAACAUGCAUUCGACUGUAGGAGCCUACGAAAAGUGGCUCAGCGGCUUCUUGCCACAAAUCCAACAUGGCUUCCACGGACGACAUAAUUGUAAGACGAAGAUUGCUGAUUGAUGGUGAAGGAAGUGGGGAUAAUCGAAAAAUUCAGACCUUACUGAAGACGUUUUUGAAGUGGUUUCACUUCGAGGGUAACGAGGACGAAAGGGAUCAUUUGUACAACAAAAUGAUGAUUUUGCUGGUGCAAUGCGACUUUAACAUUUGUAAAACGCUGCAAGUCUUUGAAAUGAAUCAAGUUGAAAUGAAGAAUUACAUGGACCUUUAUGAAAAUAUUGGGGAAAGCAUAAAGAGUGCCAAUGAUCAAAUUAAGGAGUGUAAAAGAGAUUUGGAUGAGGCUAAAACAGUUCGAAAGAACAGACAAGAGUAUGAUGCUCUCGCAAAAGUUAUAUCAAAACAGCCAAAUCGAAAAGAAACUUCGAGCGAGAUAAAUGUCUUAGAAAAGGAACUGCAGACUUUAACUGAAACGCAGCAAACUCUCACAACGAAGCUCGAGCUUCGAAAGAAACAGCUCCACUUACUCGUUCAUACAAUACACGAACUACAAGAAAUGUUGGAAGAUGAUCCAGGGGGCAUCAAGGAAGCCAAGGAUAUAUCAGUCGUUGCCGAUGAUUCUAUUGACAUGGAUGUAUCGUGAGGUGAUCAUUUGCUAAGUGCCCGCACAGAUUCCUGGACAUCAAUCUUGCUUAUUGGAUUAAAGAACGAGUAUGUCAUCUACGGUUUAUUAUCUGUCGAUGGGAGUUAAGUAGGCACGUACUAAAUACUACAAAGGGAACCGAAAUAAGAGUUUUCCUGCCGAAAGUAAGUCUACACUUGUUGAUAUACAAUUUAACAAGAAUUUUCAUUAUAUUUUCUUGCUGGUAUUAA